AUCUUCGCCCAACGCGACCCGCCAUCGGAUCGAUCAGGGAAUAAUCCCCUGACGAACCAACAACGCAUCGACGAUGCUCGACAGCGUCGAAUCGAUCAGAGACUGAAUCAGGACCAACAACGGUCGAGUCCCGACCUUAUUCCGAAAAAGUCUGACGCCUCUGCCGCUGCAGGGAAUCCUCAGGACUCUUAUUCCCUCACCGGACAACGAGGAGGAUGGGGCAACCGUUACGAUGAUACGCAAAGGAAUCGUUUCCCUGGUGGGAAUGCGUAUGGCAACAGAGACUUCCAGCAAGACUACUUGGGCCCAGAUGGUGCUCCUAUCGGGGACUUUGCCCAUGAUUACACCCAUCUCGACCGGGAUCCAGCCCCGGAGCCCUUCAACGAGGAUAACGAGCUGUGGGAGCCUUCUUCCAUCCGAGAAUCGGAUGGUGAAGAAAGAUCGGAAGUCAUAUCCCACGGUUGGUCGCAUCUCCCGUAUGUCCCAGACAGCGCCAGUGUGAACAAGGGCAUGUCUCUGGCAAUUUUCAUGACAGGCAUUUUUGCUUGUCAUUUCUUUUUUAUUUGAACAAAUGAGAGCAAGCUUCAGUCAAAAUAAUCAUGUACAACUUAACGCGGUGAGCUUACUUGUUUCAGCGUGUCAGCAUCCGUUUGAACGCAUUUUUUUUUCAGUCUUACACGAUCAUCCCUCCGAGGUUUUUGUAUCAGUUUUGAAUUGGGAUUAUGUGUUUACGGUGUUGAACAAAGCAUUUUGUUGAAAA